AUGGCUUCUAUAUUGACUUGCCGCGUGGAGAGCUCCAUCGGGCAAGACGAUCCGCCUUCAAGCUUCGAGGCAAAGGUGCCGAGGCAAUCCCCUGAAUUUCAGCUCUUUGAUGACUCCGCGGUGACCGUAGUCGAGAUCAAGACUGCGGAGGAAAAGGCAUACGUUGAGAACUCAUUCUCCGGCCGUCAAGCUCAGGAUAGCGCCGGUGGUACGGGGAAUGGGUCUGCUUUGAGUCCCUCGGUCCUGAGGGUAGCAUACAACCUUAGAGGCUGCCUCCACAGCACAAAGUCAUGGGACUGCGUCUGGGGCGAGACCACGACGAAAAAGAUGGGCAACAUGAGGGCAGCUGCCGGUGCGAGCUUUUCAACCCAGGCGGUGUCCGCGUCUGCGUCGUCAGAAUACAGCAGUGGUUUCAACAGGUCCAACACCUCCGAGAAUUUGACAUGGGAAGCCAAGGGCGGUGACACGCUGCUGUGCUCCAAGUAA